AUGGCGUCCACAAGCUCGAACACGGCCGCAGCGCUUAAUACGCUCUCCGAUACGGCCGUUGCCCUUAUGAAGCAGCUGGAGGUCGUUCUGCUCGCUAUCAACGGUGGUAAAGACGAUCCUCAGCAGGCUGCUUCUUCUUCGACUUCCUCCGUCGACGCCCUCUCACUCGCACACGACUCUGCUUCCCUGAUCAAAGCACACUCGACCAAGAUCUCUGUUCUGAUCAUCAACGAGCCCUUCACGCCGUCCGCCAUCAUCAAAGUCCUCCGCGAACUCGUCGCCGGGCCCAUCCCAGGCAUCGCAACGGCCGCCCAGUCCUGCGACAUCGAGCGCUACACCGCAACGGUUCGGAAAGAUCUGUCAUGGAAAUGCUACACCGUUUUGAAGGAGCUAAGGGGUCUCGUUGAGAAGAUCCCGAGGGACGGCAAGAUUCUUUCCGACGCCCAGAAGAUUGGUUCUGCCGCUACAACGGGCAAGGGAAGCAUGGCUGCCACUGGUGUCAUCUGGUCCGCUUGUGACGAUGUCAUGAAUUUCUCAAAGGGAGGGAUCGGUGCUUGCUUUGUUAAAAAGGUUGAGGAGUUCAGGGCUACGCUGAAGGAUGUGAUGGAGGAGCUCAAGGAUUGGGGUGAGGAGGAGCCCGAUGAUGAUGACGAUGAUAGCGACGCCAACGACCUCGACCACGAUUCUGCCCUCGGCUCCAUGAUGCCCUCCACCCAGGAGUUGAUCGACGACAUAAUGGGCGGCCAGCAGGCGAUUCCCCGCGAUGACCCCGACAAGAUCCGCGACCGUCUCGAAUCCUGUCUGAAGCGCCUGAGGCUGACCACCCUACUCUACCAAGCCAUCGUCAAGCGACGCCUCAAGACCCUGCCUUCGCUGCCUGCCGAGAACUCAGACGUUCCGAAACGGUUGGACGAGGCAAUGCGCAUACUGAGAAAGCUGCCGCACAUGUUCGAUGAGCUUGCAGGCGCAUUUUACGAGCUGUCACCCGACGAGAUCGAUCGCGUCAUGAAUCUGUGUUUCGAUGAGAUCGUUGCGCUGUCGGAGCAGCUCAAGGCACCAUGGAGUGGUGACAAGGAUGAAUUUUUUGAUUGGGUCGUCAAAUUCCAGACGGAGGUCAAGAAGGGCUGA